AUGAUGAACAUCAUCGAUCUCUUGGCCAUCUUGCCCUUCUACUUCCAGGCCGUGGGCGUCGCUGGGACGGGGGCCACCUCCGUGCUCCGGGUACUGCGACUCGUGCGGGUAUUCAGAGUGAUGCGGAUGCCGCAGUUGAGCUCCUGCGUCUCCAUGUUUGGCCAGAUCAUCGCCGAUUCGCUACCCGCUUUGUUCCUGCUGAACUUCAUGACAUUACUCGCUUGUGUGCUGACCUCGUCGUGCAUCGUCUUCGCGGAAGGUCAGUACUAUUCUGUCGACAGGGACAAGCUUGACCCCAUAUUUGGAGUAGGUGGCCGCCCCGAGGGGGCCUACAUCAGGCCGCACGUGUCCGGGUACGGAUGGGCGGAGUCGCCGUUCACCGACAUACCCUACGCGUUCUGGUGGUUCUUCGCAACCGCCACCACCGUGGGCUAUGGCGACGACGUCCCUACGACGACGCUUGGCAGGACCAUCGGCUUGAUCACGUUCUACGUGGGCAUUGUGUUGCUUGCUCUGCCGAUCACGAUAAUUGGCGGGUGCUUCAGCAAGCACUAUAGCGUAUGGGUCGAGGAGUUGCAGGCCAUGACCCUGCUGCAUGACAAGGUGCCCAGAGGGACCAGCAUGGCGAGCGCCACGGCCGAUGGCAAGAAAGGCCAAGCCAUCGAGGAUAAGCUGGACGAAAGGCUGGACAUUCCGAACGGCACGCUGGACGAUAUGACGUCUCUGAACGG